AUGGCAAACCUGCCGUCCUUCACAAGAACGUUCCAUCGAGAUACUUACCCGGCCAUAUCACCCAUGCGACCAGAACAGUCAGCGGCUGGAAAAGUUGUCAUUGUCACCGGCGCCGCAGGUCGAAUCGGCAAGGCGACUUGCAUAGCAUUCGCUCGCGCUGGAGCCCAACAUGUUGCCAUGCUAGAUCUCGACGGCGACAACCUGCAAAAGGCAAAAGCAGAGAUCGAGCAGGAUCCGCAGUGCGAAUCCUCGAACCUCCACUUAUUCCCUGUCGACAUCACGAACCAGGCCGCAGUCAAAGAGACCUUCUCCUCGAUCGAGUCGACCUUGGGCAAGGUGAAUGUCCUGGUCAACAACGCGGGUUACCAACCUUCCCCCAAGCUGUACCGAGAUGCCGAGAUUGAUGAGUGGUGGAAGGGUUUCGAGAUCAACGUAAAGGGCAGCUUUAUCGUCACGCAAGAGUUCGUGCGAAGAGCAGCACCGGCGCUCUCGGACAAUGCCGAGCCUGUAUUGAUCAAUAUCUCGAGCGUACUUGCGCAUUGGGGCAUCAGACAGGGUUAUGUAAACAAGCAAAGUGCUUACAGCGGGGCCAAAAUGGCAAUGACUCGAGCCAUGGAGAUUCUGCAGGAGGAAGAGCCAUGGGUACGGGUCGUGAAUGUCCACCCGGGUCUUGUAGUAUCGCCAAUGUCAGCGAAGUCGGGGACAUUGGAAUAUUCCAUCGACAAUGUCAACUUACCGGCGCACUUUGCCGUAUGGCUUGCGAGCGACGAGGCUCAGUUCACAAAGGGAAGAUUCUUGUGGUCAAAUUGGGACGUUUCUGAGCUGCAGCAACGAAAGGAAGAGAUUUUGGAACACGAUCUGUUGAGGUUAAAGGUAGAUGGGUUAUGA